AUGACAGGAGAUCCCAACCAGGAUACCUAUUUUGGGUGCUUCGUAUUGAGCCUCAUUGAGAACCAGAGGAGGGAUGCAUCGCUGAAGUCUGUGUCUGCAAAAUUGCAUGGGCGAAAAGGUCAACAUGCGAAAAAUGAGGCAAGUGCUGAUGGGAACGAGCUUCACGGCGUCCUGCAGGAGGCCAGCGCGUUCAUCGUGCCGAACGUUAUUUUCGUGAACGCAAACGGCUGCAAGAAAGCAGAGUCGCAGUUUGAGAAGUUUUAG